CUUUUCUUCCUGCGCCCUUCUACUUGCAUUGAACUGCGAGUCCAGGAUGUGCUCAAUGGCAAGUCCUCGAAGCUCGUGGUGACUCAUGGAGAGAUCCUGUACGUUCAUCGUUCCACCUUUCCGUACGCUUCUCCCUUGUCUUGACCGGCCUCUUCUCUCCUCGUGCCACUCACCAUAGCCUCGCCGGCUUGCACGUUGCACAACUUUCGUUUGAAGGGGGACUAGAGUCUUGACUCCACCGCUCUUUGUGCCAUUCAUUGCUACCGUCACUCGGUCUCGGGCCUUUCUGGUUUCAUUGGCGACUGCAAUCACAAUCCCUAUCGCCAAUAAGCGCGGUUCAGACCGCCCUUGAGUCAAGAAUACGCUUGUUUAUCCAUCUUCCUCCCGCCUUCUCGUCAUGGCCACACAGGCCGAUCAUUUCGACGCUGAGAAGGCGCCAGUCCAACCACUGCCUCGGCCGACGACCGUCUCUGACUACCGUGCAUCUGGCCACCACAGACCUGCUGAACCGUCCUUGACCGCCGGAUUGUCUUCGUGGCUGCGAUCAUUCGAGCACGUCUUGUUGAAGUACAACAUUGAGACUCGUGGAAUACAACGUGUGGAGGAUCAUGAGAAACAACGCAUUGGGUGGUAUGCCUACCUUCAGGUUUUCGUGCUCUGGACUUCGAUCAACCUGGCCAUCAAUAAUGUAACCCUGGGCAUGUUAGGUCCGGCCGUCUACGAGCUUUCCUUCGCCGACUCGUCCAUCUGUGCGGCUUUGGGUGCGCUCCUAGGUUCUCUUCCUGUGGCUUGGAUUGCAACGUGGGGACCACUUUCCGGCAUCCGCACGAUGGUUUGGGGAAGAUAUGCCAUGGGAUGGCAUCCAAGCAAGUUGAUCGUCGUCCUGAACAUCAUCGUGAUGUUGGGCUACUCUCUGCUUGUGUCCAUCAUCGCCGGCCAAGUGCUUUCGGCAGUCUCUCCGAAUGGGUCAAUGUCCGUGGUUGUCGGCAUUGUCAUCGUGGCCGUUAUUACUUGGGCUGUCACAACCUUUGGCAUCGCCGUCUUCCACUAUUACGAACGAUUUGCAUGGCUUCCACAACUAAUCGUCUACUCAAUCCUAUACGGAGUCUCGGCUAAACACUUUGACUUGAGCAGUCCCAGUGUGGGAGAUAGUCGUACCGUCGUCGGCAAUCGGUUGUCCUUCUUCUCGAUUUGCGUGUCGGCCGCAAUCACGUACUCAGGCUUGGGGAUGGACUAUUUCGUCUACUGGCCGACCACGACCUCCCGCUCAAUGAUCUUCAUCAUGACCCUGUUGGGUCUAACACUCUCUUUCACAUUUGCAUUUGUGUUGGGCGCUGGAGUAGCAUCGGGCAUUUACAGCAAUGAGCUGUACAUGGACGCGUGGACCAAUUCUCAAGGAGGGUCGGGUUCUGGAGCAUUGCUUGUCCAAGCUUAUCUGCCGUUGGGUGCUUUUGGCAAGUUCUGUGCGGUUAUUGCUGCAUUGGGCGGUAUCGCCAACAUGAUACCCCCGACAUACUCAUCCGGGGUCGACUUUCAGAUGCUUAAUCGAUACUUCGACAAGAUUCCUAGAGUCAUCUGGAAUACCCUCGGUGUCGUCAUCUAUUUUGUUUGCGCAUUGGCCGGACGGAACCACUUGGGAGUCAUUUUUACCAAUUUUCUGGCAUUAAUGGGCUAUUGGGUCGCGAUAUGGGUUGCAAUCUUGCUUGAAGAAUUUCUGAUUUUCCGAAAGGUAAAGAUGUCGAACUACAAUUGGCAUGUUUGGAAUGAUAGACAAAAGCUUCCAAUCGGUAUUGCGGCUCUCAUUGCAUUCUUGGUUGGUUGGGCUGGCGCGAUCCUUUGCAUGGCUCAGGUAUGGUAUACCGGACCUAUUUCUCAGUUGGUGGGAGACUACGGCGCCGACAUGGGCAACUAUGUUGGCUUCUCUUGGGCGGCAUUGGUGUAUCCGCCUUUGCGAUGGCUUGAGUUGAAAAAAUUCAAGAGGUGAGAUGACGCGGCGAAGGGAAUCGAAUCCCCCAACCCGGUGGCCGCUUCCUCAGGCGUUAUCGCUUUGCAUUCGUAACACGCCCACAUAACCUCGCCAAGGAGUCUUGCCCUGCUGUUACGGAGUGCCGGCUUCGACUGUGUUUCAGGCAGAUACAAUCACGCUUCGGUUGAUCACAAGCAAGAUAAGGCGACUGAAUCAGGAUACCAAAGAGUCAAAAAUCGUUCGCUAUGUCUGUGAUCGAGUCGCAUAUAUCCAGUCAAAAACCAUGCAGCCUUCAAUCAUUCUACCGACGCUAGAGGAGAUACAAUCUUAACUAACAUUCGGGCGUUCAGCCACAUAUGCAUAUGGACGAGGGUUUGUUUUUGUUGUGCAAAAAGUCUAGGUGCAUAUCGAUUCUCCAGCACUGGUCCGCCAGCGCUCUAAGUUACUUAAUCGCC